AAGAAGCUGUGCAGGAUUGUACAUAUAAAAGCGGAUAAGGGAUUCCCAAGAAGUAGGAAGGAAGCAGAGAGGGUAAGAUACGGCAGUGAAUGAAGAUGGAGGGUGCUCAAAGAGCGGUGCUGGUACUGCUUGUGGCUUGCUGUGUGUCCUUGGUGAUCACCCGACAAGCUUCGGCUGCGAAACAUGUUGUUGGAGGAAGCCAAGGCUGGGACGUAUCCACCGACUUGAACUCCUGGACGUCUGCUCAGACAUUCAAAGUCGGCGAUCAGCUCGUGUUCAAGUACUCUCAAGGCCUCCACAGCGUGGUCGAGCUCGCCGGUGAAGCCGCCUACAAGAACUGCAACACCGGCACGAGCGUCAACUCCCUCAAUACCGGCAACGACGUCGUCAAGCUCGACAAGCCCGGCACCCGCUACUUUGCCUGCGGGACCCUCGGCCACUGCGGCCAGGGCAUGAAGCUCAAGGUCACCACCGUCGCCGGCAACGCCCCGUCCACUCCGGCGUCGUCUUCUUCGUCUUCGUCCUCUCCCGCUUCGGCUUCUGCUGCCAGUCCCGAAUUUCCAGGCUCGGCAUUUCUCGUGUCCCUGAUGGUCCCGGUGACCCUCUGUGCCUUCUCAGUCUUUUGAGUGCUUUCUUUUGGAGAUGAUAGGGGUAAUGAUACAGAGUAUACUGGGAAGAGGGACUAUUUGGUAGAUGGGUAGAUAGUUCUGAUUGGCUAUGUGUUUAUGAUGUCUGUUGUUGUAGAAGUUGGAAGCGAGUGGUGCUUGUAAUUACUGAAGCGAAUUCGAUCUGUCAUUCGUUGGUACUUGAUAGACAACGACAUUGUAUGACGUUCUGGGGCCUUUUGUGACUAUGUUUGUGGAGAGAAUCAUGAUUUUUGCUGUUAA